AGCACUAAUCGUUACAUCUACUCUACUUCAUCCUCCUCAGUAACAAGUCACUCUAAUGCAUAAAGCAAAACUCUGAAUCACGUGCAGAUACGGUCUGGGUAUCGGACGAGAGUGUAAGCAAUCAGGCCGGGCCGGGUACGAGGCCCUUAGAGCCGAUAAAUAAGUUCUCUAUCGAUAGGACGGCUGAUGUUGAACACAGAGGUUGUUAUACGUACACACAGGUUCUCAAGGAUCAGAAAACUGCUGAGAGGAUAAGAAUGUCGAGUAGUAGGAGAAGCAGUGAGAGUAGUACUCUUGAAGAGAAAACGGAUGUGGUGUCGUCGGAGGAGGAGGACGUUGUUGAUGUUGUGGGUGAGGAGUCGGGGUUGCUCGGGUUUGCGGGCGAGAAGAAGAAGAGUGAAUAUGGGAGUCUGAUGAGCGCGGAGGGGAUCGUGGAGGAGGAGUUUGAGGAUGAGUAUGCGUAUCAGGCUGCGUUGAUUGAUGCGAAGAUUAAGAAUGGAGAACCUGCAUGGACGGAAGAAGAGGAGAAGAAGGUGCGGUUCAAGACAGAUGUGCGAGUGAUGAUCCUCGCGUGCGUGAUGUUUUUUAGUCUCGAUCUCGACCGCUCGAAUAUCCAACAAGUUCUCUCCUCCGACUUUCUCCUCGACACCCACAUGACGACAAACGACUACAACCUCGGCCAAUCGCUCUUCCUCAUCUUCUUUCUCUCGCUCGAAGUCCCCUCGCAGAUGAUGAACAAGCGGUUCGGUCCCGAGCGCUGGCUGCCGACAAUCAUGACCGCGUGGGGCGUCGUCUCUACCGUCCAGGUGUUUAUCCAGGCCCGCCCGUUCUUCCUCGUCACCCGCGCCGCCCUCGGGUUCUGCGAAGGCGGGUUCGUCAGCGGCCUAGCAUUCUACGUCUCCUCCUUUUACAAAACCGACGAACUCUCGGUGCGGCUCUCGUGGAUCUGGGCAACCCAAGCUGGAACAAACGUCCUGUCAGCGCUCAUGGCGUCCGCGAUCUUACUAAUGGACAACGUCGGGCGGCUGCGGAACUGGCAAUGGCUGCUUCUGCUAGAGGGAUUACUAACGACCGCGAUCGGCGUCGCGACGUUCUUCCUCAUCCCGUCGCUCAAGACGCCCGAAAUCGCAAAAGUCUUUUCCCCUCGCGAAGCCGUGAUCCUGCGCGCGCGCGUCGAGCUCGACGACCCGUCGAAGCGGAACCAGAGCAAUAAAGACGUCGGGAAGCGCCAGACCCCGCGGAUGGCGUUCGCGGCGAUCUACGGCGCGCUCACGGAUAAAUACCUCGUCCCGAUCUUCUUGCUCGGGUAUAUCGGCUUCAUCCCGUCCGUCACGCUGCGGUACUAUUUCCCCAUCAACAUGCGCGUGCUCAUGUUCAGCACGACCGCAAUCAACCUGCUAAUCAUCCCCUACGCAAUCAUAAACAUCAUCUCGACGACCUCCUUCUCCCGGCUCUCGGACUUUUACCACACCAAGUGGAUCUUCGCAAUCCUCUCCGCGCUCUGGGUCUUUCCGAACCUCAUCUUCCUCCAAUUCCUCCCGUUCUCCGCCAGCAGAUGGUGGCGCUACGCGUCCUACACCGUCACGCUCGGAUACCCGUACUACCAACCCAUCCUCGUCUCCUGGGUCUCCGCCAACUCCAACGACCCAGACCGCCGCGCGCUCGCGCAGGCAAUCUACAACAUCGCCGUGCAGCUCGGCAACCUCACCGCCGCGAACGUAUUCCAGGAAUCCGACGCGCCGCAGUACACGAAAGGGUACUACAUCCUCAUCGCGCUGAACGUGGCGUCGAUGGUGCUGGCGUUUGGGAUUAUGGGGUAUUAUCGCGCCGAGAACAGGAGACGCGAGGAGGUGUGGAUGAAGAUGACGGAGGUGCAGAGGGAGGAGUAUCGGAGCGAGAGUGGGGAUCGGGGGAAUUUGAGAUUGGAUUUUAGGUUGAAGAUUUAGCUGUUUAGUCAUUUGUAUAUUCCUUUUCUAUUGGAGCGUGGUGUUUUUAGGUGUGGAGGGGUUUAAUCGAUGUAAUGAUGUAUAGAUAGAGCAGAAGAAAAGUCUUUGAUCAACAUAAUGAUACACAUCCUCUUUUCAACAGCGCAAGAG